AUGUCAUUUAAGAACUUUCUGAAAUCAUCUCAGUUGUGGUCACCUGAAUAUCCUUCAACUCCAGAGUCUGUGGAUGAAGAGGAAGAGGUGGAUCAGUUUAUAGCUGAAGUUUCUGAUAUCCUAACCAACAAUGUCGACAACUUCAAGAUGAAUCUGGACCAUUGUAUGAUCUCAGAAUCUGAUGCCAAUAUACUGGCUUAUGAUCUUGGAUGGACAAACUUGUCGACCAAUCAUGAAUUGGAAGCACACUCUAUCUCAGAUUCAGUCAACGAUGACUGGACCUACUAUCUUGGGUGGGAUGGCACAACUUUGGGCGCAGAGCCGAUGCAGGACUGCAUAGAUCUUACCCAGGAUGACAGACCAGAUUUGGCGCUGGAUGAGAAUGACCGAGCAAAUGAUCUCAGGUGGUGUCAUACCACAUCAGGUGCAAAGCUGAUGGACAAAGACUUCAUUGACCUCACACAGGAUGAUGGAUCUGUGGCCACCAAAGUCAUUGAUGGAGAUGUUAUUGAACUCACCAGCAAUGAGGAGCCUACCUAUGACCUUGGUUGGGCACAAUGGAGCCAUGGACCAUUUACUAAGUUAAGCUCAGCACCUUCAUCACGCAUAGCAACAGAUCUGACACAUGAGAGCCAGGAGCUAUCUCCUGAAGGUUUGCCUCUCACAGCCAUAGAUAAAGACAAUGAACUGAGACAAGAUAUACUCAGACUGAAUUGCUGGAUGAAGGCCAUCAGAAAUGACAUGUCAGACAAACAUAUCCAUGCUACAGUGGAGAAUGCAGUCUUUAGGCUGAAUGGAUCACAUGUUCCCUUGGAUAUUCUCCACACCAACAGACACAUUCUGGGACCCUAUGUUGGACAUAGCCCUAAUCGCGGGGGGCUUGCUCCCGCCUAUUCUACUGUAACAUGGUGUUGGGCAAAGGCCGACGCUGAUUUCAUACAGAGGGAGUGGAGUGGUGCGAUGGGGCUUGGUGAGAAGCCGCUUCUUUUCCUACAAUGA